UUGAGCUGUGGCAUCAGAGUAUAAUACAGUCCCUGUUCAUGAUUAAGGGAUGUAUAGAGUCCAAUAGUGAUACUAUUCUAGAUAAUGCAGAGGGAUUCUAGACAUCUCUUUUGAAGCAGGUAGAAGUGGAAGGUUGUGAAGAAAUCAAAAGAAAACAACUUCUUUGGUUGAUGUGGAUGUACCGUAUAUACUCGAGUAUAAGCCGACCUGAAUAUAAGCCGAGGCAUCUAAUUUUACCACAAAACUGGGAAAAUCUAUUGACUCAAGUAUAAGACGAGGGUGGGAAAUGCAGCAGCUACUGGCAAAUUUCAAAAAUAAAAUAAAUAUAGAUACUAAUAAAAUUACAUUAUUUGAGGCAUCAAUCGGUUAAAUGUUUUUGAAUGUUUACAUAAAAUUGUAAUUUAUGAUGAUAAUAAUAAGACUUUAAUAAGAUAAGACUGUCCAACUCUGAUUACCUAUAUACUUGAGUAUAAACCGACCCGAAUAUAAGCCAGCCAGGACCCUCACUCGAAUGUAAGCUGAGGGGAGCUUUUGCAGCCCUAAAAAAGGGCUGAAAAACUAGGCUUAUACUCGAGUAUAUGCAGUACUUGCUAUGGGAUUUUAAAAAGUUGUUUUAUUUAAUUAUAAUCAGAAGUUAGAAUAUUUGUGAAUAGCCCAGGACUGCACAGCAAUUCAGCCAAUAAUACAGGUUCUCUGACAUUUGGCCACUGAGAAAAAACAGCAAAUCAGCCAGUAGAUACACAUGUACAGGUGUUGUUACAAUGACAGGUAACAGCAUUUUAUCAGUCUUCCUUUUUGCCAUUUCCCUUGUAUGAUUAAACCCAACCAGACUCCUUAUCAGUAUUUUUAAAGUGAUGUGUUAGCAUCUAUUUGAAUCCUCUUUGGAUCAAAUGGUUCAGACAUUCCGACAUAUAAUUUUCUCCAGAUGAAUGCAUGUAGGAACCUUCUGUUUUGCCUGACUCACCAGUUUCCGCCCUCUUUAUUCAUAUGCAUCCAGAUCAAAUUCAGAAACAGGAUGCUGAUGUAUCUGACUGCUUAUCAUAUCAAAUACGAAGGUGGCAAAAUGGUAAUCCCUUUGCAUCAAUUGUGGCUUCAAGAGCUAUGCAGUACUGAUAGUCCAGCUGAAUUUUAACUGGGUAAAAUAAAGCAAAGGAUGCUCACAGUGUGUUGUCGGAGGCUUUCAUGGCUGGAAUCACUGGAUUGUGAGUUGUCCAGGCUGUAUGGCCAUGUUUCCAGAAGCAUUCUCUCCUGACAUUUCUCCCACAUCUAUGGCAGGCAUCCUCAGAGGUUGUGAGGUCUGUUGGAAACUAGGCAAGUGGGGUUUAUAUAUCUGUGGAAGGUCCAGGGUGGGAGAAAGAACUCUUGUCUUUUGGAGGCAAGUGUGAACGUUGCCAUUAAUCACCUUGAUUAGCAUUGAAAAGCCUUGCAGCUUCAAAGCCUGGCUGCUUCCUGCCUGGGGGAAUUCUUUGUUGGGAAGUGUUAGCUGACCCUGAUUAUUUCAUGCCUGGAAUUCCCCUGUUUUCAGAGUGUUGUUCUUUAUUUACUGUCCUGAUUUUAGAGUCUUUUAAAUACUGGUAGACAGAUUUUGUUCAUUUCCAUGGUUUCCUCUUUCUGUUGGAAGUGUCCACAUGCUUGUGAAUUUCAGUGGCUUCUCUGUGUAGUCUGACAUGGUGGUUGUCAGAGUGAUCCAGCAUUUCUGUGUUCUCAAAUAAUAUGCUAUGUUGGUUCAUCAAGUGCUCUGCUAUGGCUGACUUCUCUGGUUGAAUAAUCCUGGUCUCCAAAGUCAUUGUCAAAUGUUCAGACCACUGUAAAAUGGAAAUUGUUGCAUCUUUGUUUUGGAACUUAUUUGUAAGAAUGUAUAUGUACUGUGUAGUCAAUGCAAAAGAAGCAUAUACAUAUGUAUUGCUAUUCCUGAAUGGGAAUUUUCCAACUGUGAUCCUUCACUGUUAGGCAACACCAAUUUUAUCAUGGAUUCCUGAGUUGGCCAUUCAUGAAAAGUAUUGGCAGUAGAAAAUACAUUUCUGUUCUGAGAUUUUUUGUGUGUGUCAGCAGCAACUUGAGAAACUGCAAGUCAUGUCUGGUGUGAGAGAAUUGGCCAUCUGCAAGGACGUUGUCCAGGGGAAUGUUUUGAUAUUUUUACCAUCCUUGUGGGAGGCUUCUCUCAUGUCCCCACAUAGAGCUGGAGCUGAUAGAGGGAGCUCAUCCACACUCUCCCCUGGUUGGAUUUGAACCAGCUGCCUUCAGGUCAGCAACCCAACCUUCAAGUCAUCAGUCCUGCCAGUACAAGAGUUUAAUCCACUGCGCCACUGGGGGCUGAGAUCAUUGUCUGCAAUUGGAAUGAGCAGAAUAUAGAUUAGGACCUACUGGUAGAAAUGUAGGCAGUGGGUUGUUUUUACAGGCUAUAAAUUUGUAUUUAUAUGCUUUUCAGUUCAUGGUUUAAUUUUUUUUUUUUACAACCAGAAAUUCAGGUGGGUAACUGAAGAUUCGUCCAUAGUUUGGACUCAUGGAGAGGUGAGUUGAAUUUUUCUACCUUAAGCUCCAAGAUGUUGUCAUCAGUGCUGCCAUUUGCCUGGCUGAGCUGGAACCUGGUGGAAUAACUUUAACAUCAGGCAAAUUUUCAGAAUUUAUAUAUAGUUUUUUGAAUGUUGAAAUAUUAUCCAAUUUAGCUUUUGAUAUUCAAUAUUAUUUUUUUAAAGAAUGUAAACCCAAAUUAUUCAGUGAAAUGCAGUCCAAAGAAAAUGACCAAGAGUAGAAUCAUGCUUUUCUUGGGAGAAUAUCCUAGGGCUUGUAGUAUGGAUGGGAUUAUGUGGCCCUUGGGUUGAUGGUGUACUGUAACUCUCAGCAUUCCUCGCCAUUGUAUUUGGCAUACACACCCCAACAGCGAAUCCAGCCCCGGGGGAUGGGGUCCCUAUCUCUAUUUACCAAUUAAUCCUAUGUACAAGCAAGAGGGUAGUCUGGGAAGGGAGAAAGAAACAAUUACUCGGAUGUCCAUGGAAUUUGGCUCUUUCUCCUACUAGGUGAUGGACAUGCUUCACCAUGAAAAUGUGAUUCCCUCCCAACCACUUUUCCCUGAGAAAAUGUGGCUCCAGGGCAAGAUAAUGGUUUAUAUUCCCUUAUAUAGACAAUUCUCCAUGUCAAUUUGCAAUGGGUGCAACUGUACACUGUAGGAAAUUUGGCAGAGGACUCAAUGAACAGUUAGGUGUCAAUGGAAAAGGAAUUUAGUUUCCCAUUGAGGGAUCUGCUAUAUUGUACACAUUUCAGAGGGACAACCAUAAGGAAAGAUGCUACCAUUGAGCCAUGUGCCAAUCCAGAUUUGCAGUACAGCUGAAAAUAUAAGGUAUGGAUAUGAGUCAAUCAUGCCUCUGUUUGCUUGGCCUGGACAAUCUUAAGUAUACAUGAACUUAGAUACAAUUUAAUAUGGCACUAAAUGUUGCUGUUUUCCCCACACUUCCUCUUACACAUGAGCAUUUAACUAUCCAUAUGUUGGUCUCCAUGGGUGAAAAUGACUUGAAGGCACAAAACAAUGACAAUAAUUUUUGUCUGCCUGACACCUCUCCCUCUUUCUCUAAAUUUGUGCAUGCAUAUUGCAAUGCAACAUGUUGAUGUAUUUAUUAACAGAUCUCUUUCACUGAGCCGUUCUUCUGCAGAAAGUGAGAAUGUGACCACAGUGACAGCCUUCAUCCUCCUGGGCUUUACAGAAAAGCCAGAACUGUGCCCUUUCUUCUCAGUCAUCUUCCUUCUCCUGUAUGUGCUCACUGUCUUGGGCAAUGGCUGGAUGGUCACUUUGAUCAGAGCUGAGCAGCAUCUGCACACUCCCAUGUACUUCUUCCUCAGUAAUCUCUCUGUCUUGGAUCUUUGUUACUCCUCUGUUAUUGCACCCAAAGCGCUGGAGGUUCACCUGUACUGGGGCAGGGCAUCACUUUCCCUGCCAGCCUGUGCCACUCAGAUGUUCUGCUUCACCAUGCUGGUGACUGCUGAGUGUUUCCUCCUGGCAGUCAUGGCAUAUGAUCGCUAUAUGGCUAUUUGUCACCCAUUGACCUAUGCCUUGCUCAUGACCCAUGGCCGCUGUACCUGCCUUGUGCUGGGCGCUUACUGCUGCGGCCUUUUGGGCUCUCUCAUCCAGACAAGUGGGGCUUUCCGCCUGUCUCACUGUGGACCCAAUCGGAUCAACCACUUCUUCUGUGACAUCCCUGCAGUCUUGAAGCUCUCCUGCUCAGACACUUGGCUUUCUGAAGUGAUCCUUUUUGUUUCCACCAGCAUCAUUGCUGUGGUGACCACAACCGUCAUCUCCAUCUCUUACACCCAGGUUUUGCUUAAUGUCCUGAGGAGCCACACUGGACAAGGGAGACGGAAGGCUCUUUCUACCUGCACAUCCCACCUCACCACACUUGGUCUCUUCUAUGGCACUGCCAUCUUCAUGUAUGCCCAGCCAAGGACCAAGGCUGGGUCCCAAGACCAAGACAAAGUUGUCUCCAUGUUCUACACUCUGGUGAUCCCUAUGCUGAACCCAUUGAUCUACAGCUUGAGAAACAAAGAUGUGAAGGAAGCUAUGAAGCAUCUAAGGAGCAGGAAGAUAUUAGACCUAUUCAUGAAGUAGCUUUUAGGAUUUAUUUCCAUACAUCAUUGUUAGAUAUAUAAUGCUCUAUUAAUUAGAAAUGCAUUGUCUGG